AUUGAUUUGUCAACAUCUAUAGUUAAAGUUCUUUCAAUAACUGUGAGUUUUUUGGCACUCAUUUGACAGCUUAUCAUGCUUUGGGCAAAGGGCAUCUUACUUUUCACAAUGGUUGUGACAACACUGAGCUCUUCUUUAAGGGCAGAUUCUAAGGCCUCUUCUGAAACUGGUGCUUCUUAUGGAGCAGUCUCAGAAAAUACAGUCCGUUUUGGCAAACUUUUAAUUGUUGGUCAAGGUACAGUACCUGAUAGUGACAUGAAAACAUCUGGACUGAUUUCACUGGCGUCAAAUGAAGCGCGGUUUCCCCUUGCUAAAGCUAAACUGCAACGCCUGAGUCCUUCUGUGCAGUGUAGCAAUGAUUCAAUGACUUUGCGCAUUCCAGGACCAAGAACACCACACUUUCUGGUUGAUCGAGGAGAGGCAUUACCAGUCCCUUUGUCUGAGAUGCCAGCCAGCUGUGGUUUCUCACUGAAGCGAGUACGCAGGGAUGUCUCUCUUGUUGCUCCAUACAAGGGCUGUCAUGUUAGACAACAGGGUGGCAGUUAUAUCUUAACACUCAUUAUAAUGGGAGAUCCAGUGCAAAUGUCUUGUCCUGUGAGUCCUCGCCUCCCUGCCGUGUCCUGCUCCUCCUCUGGCAUGACUGUCACCCUUUGGGUCCAAGCAGAUGAUAUUAAAGUUAAAGUUGAUGGAUCGUGGCAGCCUCUGCUCCCAAUGCUCUCUCAAUGCUCAUUCACAUUGGAGGCUACUGCUGGUUCACUGGUUGUCACCGCACCAUUCACCGGAAGCUGUUGGGAAGUGACGGACACUGGAAGGCAAAUCCCUUUAAUUUAUGGUGACCAAGAGGUGACUCUUUUCUGUCCUCUGACACGUGACCCAGACAUGCAACAGAUGUCUGACCCUUUCCCUUUUGGAAAACCCUGGUGGUAUCCUCCAUAUCAUGGUGUACCUGCUACCCUGCCUCCCACUGUGCUGACUACAACUACUCCUUUUCAAUAUCCUAUCCAGCAACACCUGUUCCCUCACAUGAAUCCCAGGCCAAUAUUUGAUCCAUACUUUUACCCUAAAGGUGGCCCAGCUCCUACCCCAGCACAACAACCUCAAUAUCCCUGGUAUCCAAAGUUUCCUCCCAUGUAUGGCUUCCAAAACCCAGUUGAAGUGACCACUCCUGCAACUACACCUGCCCCAUACCAGCCGCAGCAGCAGUAUCAAGGUUAUCCAAUGUACUCCCCAUUCUAUGGUUAUCAACCCAUCAAGUCUUUUGAGCCUCCAGCUCAAUAUCCUUUCAAGUACCUGUAUCCCAAGGAUCCGAUCUUUGUUCCCCGCAGCCCUAAAUCUGUGUCUUCUGCACAGUUGUCCUCAGUCUACGGGUCUCGUAGACAAACACUUAAUUGAGCAGAUGAGUGUACUCUGAAGUUGCAUUGCUUUUAUUGACACCAAAGUGAAUUCAAUGACAUCAAUAGUUGUCUGGUAUAAGCUUAAUAAAUCUGUGACUUCAUGAAAAU